AUGGCGGCAAAUGAUGUUCCUUGCUGUGAGACUAUGUUCUGGGUGUAUCUGGUCAUAUGUGUUGCCCUAGUGGCUUUCGCAGGUUUAAUGUCUGGUCUGACUCUUGGGCUCAUGUCCCUUAGUCUCGUCGAGCUUGAGGUCAUGACCAAAGCUGGUGAACCCAACGAGCGCAAGAACGCUGAAAAGAUCUUGCCUCUCGUUAAAAACCAACAUCUUCUCUUGUGUACACUCCUCAUAGGCAAUGCUUUGGCAAUGGAGGCUCUACCGAUCUUUGUCGAUUCCCUGCUUCCAGCUUGGGGUUCUAUUCUGAUAUCCGUGACUCUCAUACUUACAUUUGGCGAGAUUUUACCUCAAGCUGUAUGCUCUCGAUACGGGCUGAGCAUCGGGGCGAAGCUAUCGGUUUUGGUUCGGUUGAUUAUCAUAGUCUUCUUCCCAUUAGCUUAUCCAAUCAGCAAGCUACUCGAUUUGCUGCUUGGAAGACGACAUUCUACCCUCUUAACGCGAGCAGAGCUCAAGUCACUUGUGUAUAUGCAUGGAAACGAGGCAGGGAAAGGUGGGGAACUGACUCAAGAUGAAACCACAAUCAUAUCAGGAGCUCUGGACAUGUCUCAGAAGAGUGCCAAAGACGCGAUGACCCCAUUCUCUGAGGUCUUUUCACUCGAUAUAAAUUCAAGGCUCGACGAAAACACAAUGAGGUUAAUAGCAAGUGAAGGCCAUAGCCGAAUCCCUAUUUAUUCUGCGAAUCCCAGGGUUAUCAUCGGAUUUAUUCUGGUCAAGAACUUGAUCAAAGUCCGUCCUGAAGACGAGACACCGAUCAGAGAUCUCCCCAUCAGAAGAAUGCCCAGGGUCAAUUUGAACUUACCUCUCUACGACAUCCUCAACAUCUUCCAAACAGGUCGAAGCCACAUGGCUGCUGUCAUUGGAACUAAGAAGAACUAUACCAAUACCAACACUCCUGUCCAUGACAAGAGCAUCAAUGGAGCAGCUAAUAAAGACGGCAACGUUUUUCUGAGCAUUCCCGUGAUGAACUCCAGCGAAACUAAUUUUCAGAGUCCAGUUCGAUGCAUUGAUAGUAUUGCUGAUGAAGAUGAAGAAGUCAUUGGGAUUAUAACUCUGGAAGAUGUCAUGGAGGAACUCCUACAAGAAGAAAUAUAUGAUGAGACAGAUCUGUAUAUUGAAAUCCAUAAGAGGAUAACAAUAAACAUGCCAAUGUCGGGAAACUCAAGGCCACAAUGGCCGGAAACUGCAACUUGGGCUUCGGAGCUGGCAUCUCCUAACUCACCGUAUCGCUCAAGUCCAUUGUCACCGAGCGUGUUGAUCUCUUCACUGCUCCGGUCACCUGUAAAUUCACCUUACCGUCAGUCUCCUUUUCUUCGGCCAACACUUUACGCUUCUCCACCGGCACAACCUCCUUCGGUGUUGAGGAAAUCGUACAUGAAGCUACUUAGAUCUAAUGGUUUAUGUGAAACCAGGCUCCACGCGAGCCCCAAGGGGUUUCAAUCUUCUAGAAGCUCUGAAAAACCAGACCGGUCAGGCCCCGACCCGGAAGACGACCCACCGAUACCUCAAGAGGUGUUCGAGAGGAUGAUGGGGAGGAUCGUGGUGUCGGUGGGAACACCACUAGGACUAGGAGUGGCAAUCUUGAAAUUAUUCGAUGUCUUGAAGGACAGAAACGUCUGGGACGUGCCUUUAUGGGUCCCAUUCUUGACCACGCUCGUGACAUUUGGUGCGUCGGCUCUUGGGAUCGCGUACGGGAGCUUGUCCACAAACCUGGACCCGACCAAGACCAACUCUGUUUUCGGACUUGAUGAGGUAAAGGAGAAUUGGGUAGAGAUGUGGAAAGAAGAGAAGUAA